AUGGCCCGUGGACGCACGCUUACCCGCGACCUCUUACGACUUCUUGCUUUCUACAUGAGCCGGGGUGACAAUUCGGCGCCCAAGAAAAGUGACUUUGGGACGGUGACAGCAGCCACUCCUGCAGCCAUCCGCACUGUGCAUCGAACACGGCUUCUACACACGACGCAAAACAUUGAACUGGUAAAAGAGUUCGUACGCACACGACGAGCGACACGCACUCGAACAACUGCUGUCGACGUCAUGACGUACCGUCUAGUUUGGCCCUUGUCGGGGAACGUCGACUCCACACGCCUGUCGACCCUUUUUGCAUGUGAAGAGUGGGAUAAAUAUUUGGUGCUCGUGUCUCAUUGCCCAUAUUCGGAUGACGAACAGAUGGCAGGCACGCCAUCAAACGGAUGUGUUCUGGCGUCGAUGGCUCGUCGACGCCACAACACAACUGUCGACGCUUUUGUUGAUGUCCACUGCAAGUUCGAACAUCAACGCCGUCGAUUCUUUGCCUGUUGCUCCGAAGUGGAAGCAGUCGUGGCCCGUCCACCAUAA